AUGGAGCCGUCUCCCGCGCCCGCCUCAGCGCCUCGAGACUGGAGGUUCUGGAUCGUAUUCCCGACGCUCUGCCUCAGUGGCUUCGCCGUGACCAUGGAAGGCAGCAUUGUCGUCACUGCGCUCCCAACGAUCUCGCGGGCCCUGCGCACGACGCAGUACGCUUGGAUCGUCAACGCGUACACACUGGCCGCGACCAUUUUUCAGCCCUUGACUGGCUGGCUGGCGGGGGUCUUUGGCCGCAAGCCUGUGAUGCUCGCGGCCAUCCUGUGCUUCGGAAUCGGCAGUGCCGUUGCGGGAGCCGCACAUCACUUCGCCGUCAUUCUUGUUGGCCGUCUCAUUCAGGGCAUUGGUGGCGGCGCAAUCCCAUUGGUUGCCGAGAUCAUCAUCAGCGACAUGGUCAGCAUUGAAGAACGCCCCAAAAUGCUGGGGAUGGUGAUGGCCACCUCAUGCUUGGGGUUACUGCUCGGUCCCAUCUUCGGAGGAGUUAUCGUUGAUCACACUACCUGGAGAUGGAUCUUCUGGCUCAAUCUGCCUCUAGUUGGCGCGUCGAUCCUGUGUCUCUUUCCCGUCCUUGCACGACGUACGGAAGAACAGCGAGCCGCAGGCAGAAGCCUCAAAAUUGCGACUCGGAAUUUCGAUUGGGUGGGAAACAUUCUGCUUCCUGCCAGCACCAUUUCGCUGCUCCUGCCGCUCACAAUGGGCGGGAGAGUGUACAGCUGGUCAUCCUUCCGAGUCAUUGUGCCACUUGUUCUGGGUGUCCUUGGUUUUGUCACGUUCGGACUCUACGAGCAUUUCUUCUGCAAAAACCAACUCAUCCCUUUACGAUUCCUGAGAAAUAUUUCCCACCUAUCGCUUCAGAUACAGAGCUUUAUCCAGAGUAUGAUUCUGAUGUGGGUCAACUACUUCCUGACUGUUUACUUCCAGGCCGUGCUGGAGGACUCGCCGCAAAAGGCUGGUUUUGAUCUCAUGCCCACUGUGGUGGGCAUGGUGGUAUUCUCGAUCGUUGGAGGUAUUGCCAUGUCUGCACUCAAGAGUUCUCUCUCCUUUCUCGUCAAUGUCAUCGCUUUCACGCUUCUAGCGGUUGGUUUGGGUGUUUUUACUCUCUUUAAUGCAGAUACCAGCACCGCAGUCCACGCGGUUCUCCAGAUUAUCGUUGCCGCCGGAAACGGAUUUCUCCUCGCCACCCUGCUGCCAGCGAUUCAAAAACAUUUCCCGGACUCCGACAUUGAAGCAGUCACUGCCCUGUUUAACUUUAUCCGCAGCAUUGCCCUCGUUUGGGGCGUGACCAUUCCCGCCAUCAUCUUUGACCAGACCAUGAAUGACAAUGUGUCUGAUGUACCCUCUGACGUGAGGGAUCUUCUCGUCAAUGGAGGCGCCUAUGCACGUGCCAGCCGGACGUUUAUCCAGUCCUUCAGUGGACGCGUCAAAGAGCAGGUGGUUGGGCUAUACACUUCGAGUCUCCGGGCAACGUGGUGGGGCGCCAUGAGCUUUGCCUUAUUAGGGCUGGCGCUUGUUGCCCUGCAGCGGCCUCAACAGCCUCAGCCUUCUCCAGAGCCGGAAGAGGCUGAGAAGCAUGAAAACUCGGUGUGA